AUGAUUAGAUCUGAUCUCACAGCAAGAACCGCAUGGUGCCAGGUUGUGGCGUACGACGGGUGCGAAUUUGCUGGAUUCCAGUUCCAGGCAGGGAAAGUGCGAACGGUGCAGGGAGAGUUGGAGCGCGGUGCCAAGCGGCUGUUCCACGGCUGUAGUCGAAUGGUGGGCGCAUCUCGUACGGAUGGCGGCGCGCACGCGUACGGCCAGGUGGUCCAUUUUGACGUGUACGGCACCCGCGACAGCCUCGAGUCUGACGCGUUGUACUACAACUCCUUCCUGCCGCCGGAUGUACGGGUGCUCGGCCUGUCGUACGCAGAGGACGGCUUCGACAGCCACUUUAGCAGCUGCGGAAAGACGUACUUGUAUAAGUUCGCUGCGGGACUGCCGGACCCCUUACAGUCCAAGUACCGCUGGUGGGUGUACGAUAGGUGGUGCGAGCGCAGCCGUGGCAAACCCGGGAAACUGUCUGACGUGGAACUGGACGUGGGGCUUAUGCAGCAGGCGGCGGACAUGCUGCUGGGACGCCAUGACUUCAGCGCCUUCAUGGACAACAAGCGACCCGCGG